GUUUGUGUCUUGGGGUAAAUUCGUAUUUUAACGAUGGCUUCCUACAGGUGUUUUUGAACCGUGUUUUGUGGCAAAAAGCGUAUGAAAGUGAGGUCGUUGAACACGCUAUGUAUACUACCAUUGAAACGCGGGAUCAAAGAACGAAUUAGCAAUAGAAAUAGCUAAGAAAUGAGAACCUCUAUACAAACGUCAAUUUGAGUUCAAUGUUUUUACAAUUCACACCGUGUUUGGUGUUUAAUUACGCCAGUUCUUUGCCGGACACUGGAUUUCUAUGGAAGCGAAAGAACUGAACGCUACGGGGAAUAGUCGAAGCCUCGACUGUACAACUGGGAUGAAUAUUGGAUGAGUUUGCUAAGAUUCUAAACAACACUAAAUAUGGCAAGCGCGAAUGGUAUAUCUGAACGAGAGCUUAUUCAACAACAAUUAACCGACGCAAGAGAAACGCUGGAACGGCUGAGAAAAAUAGGAAAUGGAACACUGGGUAGUGAGACUGGAGAAAUGAAUCUACUUUCCACCUCGACUCCGCAUAAUAAUGAUUUCUUAACUGAAAGGAAUGAUAUCAGAGGCUCCUACUCGCCUCAGAGGACUAGCCCCCGCCGCUCACCACAAAGUAUUUCAACAACAGCUAGAGACAAUCUAGUGCAAGCUUUAGGAUUACAAGUUUCUAAAUUAGAAGAUGACCUAAAGGUUUCGUUGUUGUCGUAUUUUGAGCAAGUGGAAAAGCAAAAGGAGGACUUAAUAGAGAGUUUCAAUGUUAUGCAGCAACAGUUGACUCGUCACCAGCAAAUGUGCCAGCAACAGAGUAAAGAAAUGGAGGAUAAAGAGCAAACAAUUCGGGAUUUAGAGACAUCCAGGAGUGACCUGGAAGAAGAGGUUCAGAGACUGAAGGAUUUGAGUUUCUACGAAAGCCUGUAUGCGAGGAGUCCAAACGGCAUGGAGACUUUGGAUGAAACUUUCCCAGAACUUAAUUUCUCUCCGAGUCCCGGUCGCGAUGGAAAUAAAUAUAUGGGAAUUGAAAACGGAAAAGCGGACGUGAGUGAGAAAUUACUGCAGGAGAAUGAACGUUUGAGGGAGUUGUUGAGACAGUAUGAAGGUAACGACUACUCGAGACUUGAAAGGAAAAUGAACUUGCAGGAGAAACUAUGUCAUUCCUACGAUAAGGAUAUUUCUUCUAAAGAUAGGCUAAUUAAAAGACUACAAGCCGAAAAUAGAGGGCUACAAAGCGACGUGCAGUCGUUACAAGAUGAAAUUCUCAGAGUCAAUGCAAGCAGGUUGAGCGCGGAGCAAGAUAAAGCAAAGCUACAUCAGGAAAUGCAGUUUAGCGAAGAGCAGAUUUUUACACUACGAGAAAAAUUCGCCCACUUGUGUGACGAGAAUGAGUACCUUAGUAAGACGGUUAGUGACGCUAACAUUCAAUCGCAAAAUGCCGAAGAUGAGCAAGCACGAUUACAGGAGACAAUAGAGCAACUACAGCGGAAAUGCGAGACUUAUAAAGAUAAGCUUAACGACAAAGAAAAGCAUAUCGACUCUGUGAAAAAGGACAAUCAGGGAAUGGAUCAAGCCAUGGAGGCGAUGAAGAAAGAACUUGUAGCGACGAGAAGCGAAAUGCAGCGCCUAAAGCGCGAACACGAACGACUACAACGCGAAAAUGCUGAACGAGAAAUAGACAGACUAACGACAGAAGGAGUAACGAAAGCGAACAACUCUAAAAUCAAUCAGUUGAAAGAGCAAGUUGCAGGCUCGACACAAAAAAUGGACGAGCUGAAACGAAAGUGUUAUGAGCUGGAAAAACGCGAAGCCGAAAUGAGCCAAGAGGCGUUUGCAAGUCUUGAGAAAUACACGCGUGCAGAACAGGAGCUUUAUUUAGCAAAGAAAGAACUGGCGCAGAUUAGAGGGUUUAGCGACUCCGCGGAGAAGCGACGGAAGGAAGCGGAGGCAGAGUUAGAAGGAGCGAGAAAGCGCCUUAAUGCGUUGGAGCGAGAGUUGCGCGGCUCAAGAGAAAGGAGGGGAGUGGAUGGUGAUCGAGACGCAAAGAUCGAGUCUUUAGGGCGGGAAAAUGAGCAGCUAAAGUCGGACAAGGGCGCACUGGAAGAUACGGUUAACAAGACUAAAGCUAAACUCGACGAUGCAGAAAGUGAGCUUCGAAACGCUCGUGAGAGAAACUCCAUUCAAUCCAUGAGGCUGGAAGGAAACGAGGCCAUGAUGGUACGAAAGGAUGGUAAGAUUAAGGAGCUACAAGACGAGUUGAACGAGGUGCAUCAUCAGAAUGAUCAACUUACGGACGAAAUUCUGCGAAAGAGCAGAGAAAUUGAGAACUUAAAGAUGGGUAAGCUUAUGGCGGAGCAGGAACUGGAAUUGAUUAAAAAUGGCGUGUUACCAGGGCGACAGUCGUCAGCCUCGACACGAGAUCGAGACAGCGCGCUAUUUAUGUACUUGGAGCCCGCAACUCCUGACAGCGGUUUCGCCGAUGUGGAGGCGCAUUUGAAGGGUAAAGAGCGUGAAAAAGCGAUCGAGCAGCUGCGAAAAGAGAUGAUAAAAAGUCACGGGAAGUUUACUAGGGAGCCAAGCGAGGGUAUGGACUUUGACAAAAAAGAUGAUGCAAAGUUGAAAGCUGCUUUAAGUGGGCAGCAGUUAUCUGAUUUUGUUUCGGAGAAUGAGUCACUUCGCAGAGAGAAUAGCGAUAUGCGAUCUCGACUUGCGGAAACGGAGAAAAAGCUCGAGGAAAUGGAAAAUAUAAACAACUUACUACAACGAAAGGAGGACGAGGUAAAACAGAAACUAUCAGAGCAAGACCUUGAAGACAUUUCUCUUACUCUGAAAAAGCUGGAAGAAAUUGAACAGGAGAAUGAAGUCUUGCGUAACAGGGAGCGUGAAAUGCGAGAGGAAUUACAGAAGGCAGAGAUGCUGGCGCCAAAACAAUCUAUUGGUCCUGAAGACGUCCAAAUGAACUUACUGGAAAAUCUGGAAUCGAAACCACAGGUGGAAUUAAUGGAUUUAGGAAUAGAAGAUAAAGUCGAUGAGAAUAUCGUCGAAGAUAGCGCAUUGCAGUUAGAGGCCGGAGGUCUAAUCGAUUUCGGCGAGCCAUCAGAUGAUGUCAUCAAAUCGGAACCGGAGGAAGACAUGACUUUAAGGUUUGAAAACCAGGAGCUGUUAGCCAAAGUACAAACCCUUCAACAAAAUGUCGAUGAUUUGAACAAGUGGGAGCAGACACUGAAAGAGGAGAAUGAGAGUUUGAGAGAUAGAAACACCAGGCUUGUAGCGAAGCUUAAUGAGGUAGAAGACAGCAUAGAGAAGGCAAAGCUUGAACAAGAAAAAGAGAAACGAAGGCUUAAAGACAAUCUAGAAAGCACCAACGAGGAAAUGCAAGAAAAACUCCGGCAAUUGGAGCGAGACAUUCAAAAUAGCGAGAAUAAACUUAAAGCAGCUCAAGAUGAGAAGGUAGAGCUUGAGGAGGAGUUGGGACGAGCACGUGAUGGGGCUGAGAAAUCACGUGAUGAGCGGAAAAUUACUGAGAGCAAAGUACAGGAGAUGGAAAGGACUUUCAAUGAGGAGCUGAAGGCGAAGGACGCUAAGAUUGCGGAGCUGCAGAAAGAGUGGGACAGGGUAAACGACGACUGCAAUGAACUAAAAAAUGAGAUGCGGAAAGCAAAAGAGGGAACAGCACAUCAGGAAGACACGAUGUUUAAAGCAAAAAGUGAGCUUGCGGAUUUGGAGCGUAAAGUAAAUAAAUACAACAAGAGGCAGGAGCACUUGGAGAAACAACUGAAGCAAGCCGAGGAGAGCGAGUGUGCCUUACUAGCGGAACUAGGGGAGAGUAAGUCUAAACUGCGACGCGCAGAGAAGGAGUUGAACACGUUACAGCAUAAUGUACAGAUAGCGGAGGAUGCGUGCAAAGAGAAGGAAAAAGCGAAAAAACAAAUGGAACAACGGAUGGCUGAGAUUGGAGUGGAAAAAGGAAAUGUUGAAAGGAGCCUUGAGGAGGUUCAAAGUCAGAAUAAAGAUCUUAUGCAACAGGCAGAGCGCGCCAAAGCAGAGUUAGCAAAGCUUAGUGCAAAAUACGAAGAAUUAGAAGACGAGAAAGAUGAAAUGCAGGAGUCUUUGAGCGACACAAUCAGAGAAAAGAGUAGAGAAAUCAGAGAUUUGGAAGCUGACUUGGAAAUGUCGGAACAGAAAUACGAGGACUUGAAAUCUUCUUGGAAUAACACGGAACUAGUCACCUCCGACUUACAGGGUGAGUUGAUGCAGGCUAGGGAGGAAGUCAUAAGAGCACAAAGCGAGGUCGAAAGACUUGCGAGGAUGAAAGAGGAUCUAGAGGAGGAUUUGCAAGAAAAGGAGAAUCAAAUGGAUCAUUGGAAGGUACUAGAGGAAGAGCUAAGAAAUGGGAUAAAUGAACGAGAAAAGGAACUGGAGAUGUUGCGAUGCAGUACAGAGGAAGAUCAAGAAAAGCUAAUAUCACUAAACACAGAGAUGGAAAGUCUCAAUAAAAGUUUGCGAGCUGCGACUGAGAAGCAGAAAGAGCUUGAAACGACCGCAAAAAAAGCAGAAGAGGAAAGAGAGCAAGCCAGAAGAGAAAGGCAAGCUGCACUUGAUAGCAAAGCAGACCUGGAAAGUGCCCUUGAAAAGAGCGAGGAUGAAAACCUCAACGCGCUCGCAAAGCUGUCGCAGGCUGAGAAGCAGAUCAAUAUCUUGACGCAGAAAGGCGAAAUCGCAAGGAGGGACUUAGAAGAGAGCGAAGAAGCGCACAAGAAAACGGAGAGUCGAGUGCGUGAGUUAGAGAGACAGUUACAGAAGAGCAUGGAUGAUGUGUCUCACGCUGCGAGCAAGCACGAGGCGACAGAUGGGCGGUUACUGGCCUUGGAGAAAGAGUUGAAGGGGAGGGGUGAGAAGGAACUUGCCUUACAGAGAGAGCUGGAGGAUUUGCGACACACAGUGUAUGACUUAGAGGAAAGUGAAAGGGAGAGUAGAUCGAGGCAGCGAGUGUUGGAAAAUAAGCUAGCAGAAGCCAAGGCGUAUAAUGAUCAGCUAGAAUCAGAGCGCGAAGAUAUGGAAUACAAGGUCAAGGACAUCAAGAAGAAGUUGAGCAACGAGAGGCAGAGGGUCGAGGAACUCGAAGAUGAGUUGACGUCCAAAAAGUUUGAAAAAGACAGCAUCAAGCAAGAGGUCGAGUUGCUAAGUGCGACCCUUUCCGAGACAGAUGAACAGCAAGCGAUGGGCAUGAAUGAGAGAGAGAACCUAAGGAAGGAAUUACAAGAGGCGACCAAGAGAGUAAGCGAGCUCGAGGCGGUCGGGGAUACGCACCACCAGAAUAUUGAAGAGUUGGAGAAACUACUGGACCAGAAACGUGCCAAAGUAGUGGACCUGGAGGAUGGACUGAAGGAAAGAUCGGAGCGCAUCACGAGCUUACAGACGCAGAUUGAUGAGAUGAACAGAUCGAUGAGGACGCUGAAGGAAGAUAACAUGAACCUUGAAAAGAUGUUAGAAAAGCAGAAACAAUUAUCAGUGGGCUACAAGAGCGGGAUGUCACAACGGGACACAGAGAUCGUGAAGUUGACGGAAAAGUUAGAUACAGCAGAGACGUCCUUGGUGUUCAUGAAGAAAGACUUAGCUCGUAAGGAAGGUAUUUACAAGGCUCAACAAGACGAGCUAGAAGACGCAGAGAAACAGCUAGCGAGCACAAGGAAGAAGCUACAAGACAUGAAAGCUAGUUAUGAGGCGGUGAAUGAAGAGAAUGAAAAACUAAAGAACGAUCUAGAGAGCAUAAAGCGUAGGAUCUCCGAGAUGGAAGGAGUGCAGGAAUCAGUGACUGUGGUUGAAGUAGAUGCGAUGUAUACUCGCAAAGGCAGCGCAAUCCCAGGCAGUGGCUCAGCAGACGCUGUCAUCAAAUCCCUUGACGACAAACUUAACCACGCCCAGAACAAAGUCCUUGACUUGGAGAACGAGCUGUCGAAAGAUAUCCGAAGGCACGAGAAGGAUUGUAUUAAAACAAGGCCGGUUUCCUAUCCAGGAAAGCGAUCAACCUUUCUUGAAUUCGACGAUGGGGUCCUGUCACCCAAAUAUGGCAGCAAGCGGGAGUUCUUCAGUGACGUCGAGAGGAACAGCAGCUUUGACGAUCAGUCUGAUACUAGCUCCUGUUAUAGUGCUCCCACGACGCCUAAACGAAAAACAAGACUCGGGAAGAGCAAGGAAAGGAGUCAAAGUGCGUCAGAUCUCCUAGGCAUGGGGUCCAGGCCAAGCUUCGUUAAUGUCGCUGGACAGAAUGAUAUGGCCUCGCCUCAAAUGAGUCCUGUGUUAAAUUUCGAUAACAAAGUGGCCCCAGGCGGAAGUUCUUCUGAUAAGGGUACGAGCGAGUCCACGAGGAACGCUGAAGUGGCAGCUGCCAGUCAAUCAAAAGCACCUGUCAAUCAAGAUAUGGUGAGCCAAUUAGAGGUCGAUGACAAAGUGAACAAGGAUAAAAUUGUAUCAAGUUACAGUAUCAAUGAGUCCAAGAGGAACGCUGAUGUUGAACUAACAGCUGCCAAUCCAGCCGGAUCUGUCAAUCAAGUGAUGGUAAGCCAAUCCAUAGCCAGCAAUGAAGAUUCUACGGAGAACACACAAAGUGCAACUGCGCAGAAUACUGGCCUUGAUGUGGGACCGAAACAAGGAUCUAAAUACGUUGCAGAAGAAAGCGGGAAAGAUUCCGAGUGUACCAGCGAAGCAAAUGUGUCCAAUCGUGAAUCAGAUGAACGAAUUCUAGAGUUUGAGCAUGACGAAUUGUUACGCCCCGAUGAAGUAAGACUGGACGUGGAAGAAUCUUACGAGUCAGAUAGGGAAAAUACGUCUAUCGGGCGGUUGAACGACUUGAUUUUCCAGCUUCAGAAUGACGAUAUGGAUUCUUUCACGGGGGACAUUCCUGAAACGGAAGCUAGCAACCCGUUUAUCGCCCCCCAAAAAGUUGUCUCUCCAAGCUCUGAACUGACAGGGGUCUCUUCAAAUACUAAAGUACGAGGGGGGAAUUUCCCAGAGGCAAAAAUAGCAUGGGCAGAUUCCUCACAGCCCAAAGCAUCAGGGGCGGACUCCCCACAUAUAGUAAAGCCACGUGAAACAAAUACUUUCGCCUCAUUUACGGUGGACGACACAUUUUUUUAUCCAUCUACUGGAUCAUCAUUCGACAUCGAGGACAGACCCAUGGGUGUCAGCUCACCGUUCGAUACUAUCCAACCAACACAGGAAGCCCAAGUACUUCACGAAUCCCCUUACGACCCAUUCUCGACACCGUUCGACUUUGACAAUGAUGACAGCUUUGAUGCCAUACAACCAAUGUAUGCCCAAGGGGGGAGCCCCAAGGGCGAAACAUUUCAAGGAUUUGAUGACACGAAUGAUUCUGAGCCGUUCAUAAUCCAACCCCCAUCCGAUGACCUUCUACACUUCGGGUACAGCGAGACAGCAGACACAUCAGCGUCCAGUAUUACGAACGUUACCCCAAUCUCCAAUCCAAGCCCGGAACAAGUACUUCUACGUUUGGAUUACCUGGAUAGUACCCAUCGCGUGGGGGGAGGUGACCGUCACUAUAAUUCUACCGGUAAACUUGAUAAAAGUGAUAACGGGACUGUAGUUACCUAUGCGUUUGAUAAUGACAUCAGAGAUCCUGGUGAUGACGUCACUGAGUCAACUUCAGCACCAGACGGUGAACCAGUCACGAUUUUGAUUCCUAAUGAAGAACGAAGCGAAAAAACACAGACGGAAAAAGACGAUGUGCUCGUAAAGGGAGCAAACGAUAUAAAAGGAAUAAAGGCAAAAGAGAUAAAUUUUGAGAAAGAAAGCGCUGAGGAGGUAGACGCAGGGGAAGCGACAAAGGAGCCUUUCGAGUUGAGUAAAACGAAAAGAUCUAGAGAAUCGCCUAAAACAGUUCGCUUUGACUUUACGCCCACAGAAAUCAUCAAUGAUAAGUUGGACAUCGAGGGGAACGAUUUAGUGGAAGAGGAUGAAGAAAAGACAAAGGAUGACGUAACAAUUCAAGAAAAUUAUGAUCACAUUGCGCAUGCGGGGCCAAAAUUCGAUUUCGGAGGCGCACAAGUGAAGGUAUUUGAGGGCGAAAAGGAUGACGGGUACCCCCAGCAAAGUUUUCGCGUGAAGGAGUUCGUCAGGUCGGCGGAGGAGAGCGAGAGAGAAAGGAAGGCGAAGGAUCGAAGUGGGAUAUGUGGACAAGGAAGCGACGCUUUAGUUAAGCCACAAGAAGAGAACUUGAGAAAGGCGGGUGCAAUCAAAGGAGCUGGACCCGAUGCGAUAAAAAGUGGCGCGAGGUCUGACUCGGAUGACGAAGUUGCGGUACCAAAACCGAGCGAUAUUAUCAAGCGCUUGGAAGGUAACACUGUCGGCAACGCGGGCUUUAAACCAAAACCACAGGGGCGGCCAGUCUAUACGGGAGAUGAAGUCUUGAAAAGACCCGAGGCAAAACCCCGUACAAUGACCAGCGUACCAGCAAGGGUACCACAAGUCAAAGAGCCGAAGUCAGAAAGCCCGCGUAGCGAGUCAGCGGAUGGUAACGGGCAUGCGCUUAUGGAUGUAAUUCAUGACGGUAGCCCGGAUGAGGAUCGCUCGGUGGCGUUAGGUAGAGAAAGGGUGAUGAGGCUUAUUGCUGCGUUCGAGGGAAAAGAGGUGUGAGGAGCUGGGGAGAGUGACGUCACAUCACUUACCGCAGGGAACCCGAAACCACAGGCUACCCGAAUAGAGGCUGGACUGCAAACACUUUUCUGGAAAAAGAUCUCGAUUGAGUGUCCCAUGCUACCCGGGUAUUCUUGUAGGCAGAGCCUUAUUCAAGAACCUAAGAUCCGUAAAUAAAAUACAUAACAUGCUGAAUAAAAAAGGGUUAGGAUUAGGGUUAAAUAGAUUCUAGAAAUCUCAAAGGUUGAUUCGUGAAAAGAGGGAUGGAUAUUUGAAGCUACCAUAGUAUGGGGUCUUCAUGCAAUAGUUCGAUCAUAGAGUUUAAUAUAAUGAACAUGAAUGAUGUGGAAUACAUGUGUGCUUAGAGUUGUUAGGCCCCAAUACUUGUACAUACAGGUGCAGGGGUAUAAUUAGGGUUAGAAUCAGUACCGUACCCAGACCUGGGAAUAGCGUAUGGGUCAAAGGCAUGUGCGCAGAGGCUGCUGGGAAGCCGGCCUUUUUCUGAGCACUUCCCUUGCACUGCAUUAUUUGUUUUCUCGACAGAGGAGAGUAAAUACAGAAAAAAGGUUAUCCUAGAUAUAGUUAAAAAAUUGGAAAUGACGCAAAUAAAGAGUUAGUAAUAUAGAGAAUUACAUACAUCAUGAAGGACAUAUAUAUACUGUUAUACAUCUCGCCAAAAUUAGCUGGUAAUAUUUUAUUACAUAUUUUGUAAUCCAACAUAGUUAUUAAAAACAAGAUACUAUAAAAA